AUGUCCGACGGCACAGUCCAAAGCUGGCCACGCAUCCUCCUCCGCGCAGAAGGCGCUGCCAUCUUCACAUCCACCAUCUGGGCCUACUGGCGCACCGGGCUAUCAUGGUGGCUCUUUGCCGGCGGUAUUCUUCUCCCGGACUUGGGGAUGGCAGGCUUCCUGGCCAACAACGUAGCUGGCGCCGCUACAUACAAUACCCUCCACACCGAGACGCCACCGAUACUCUUGCUGUGUACUGGAUUCGCACGAGGUGAUGCGCGUCUGACCGGAGCGGCGCUCAUCUGGUUGGCUCAUAUUGGUAUGGAUCGGAUGUUUGGGUUUGGGCUGAAGUAUGGGACGAGGUUUGGGCAUACUCAUUUGGGCAUUAUUGCUUGA